CGCUCCAACGCUCGUCAUCACACACGUCUUCCGCCCACACACAACAACAGCACGCUGUUCCCCCCACUCCACGUGAUCACACACUACUCUCCACCCCCUUCGUUUGUGUCCGCUCUUUGGUGGACUGGUCAUGAGCCGCAGCAACAGUAACAGGGCUAGCAACCGAAACAGCUGGCAUGUUGAAGCUGACAAUGAGGGACAAGCUCAGCACUAUGCAGAGCAGUAUGCAGCCCUGAUGUUGCAGCCCAUGAUGUCCGCGCCGCUCAGGGUGGCGCAACCAGCUGCCCCACCGGUGCCGCAGCACCCCGUCGUCUUCUCCCCCGUCUGUGCCACAUGCAAGGCACACCGCUGCCCACCCGUCAAGGCGGCAGCGUUGGGUCACUUUCGGUGCCUGCAGUGCCUCCACCAUGAAGGGCGCGUGGUGGGCGUCAAAGACGACACAGGGGCGACACCCCUGCACGCUGCGGUCGGUAAUGGCCACUUGGAAUGCGCCAUGUGGCUGGCAGACCGUACGGGUGCAGACCUCCAUGCCCGCGACGGCACGGGUUCCAUGCCUGUACACCAUGCCGCCUAUCACGGCCGCCUCCCCUGCCUCAAGUGGCUGGUCAAAGAAACCCACAAGGAGGCUGCCACCGCCAACUCUUCAGACGGUGGAACGCCGGUCCACUUUGCCGCUGCGAAAGGGAACCUCGAAUGCCUCAAGUACCUCUGCUCCGACGAGUGCGGUGCGAAUCCAAACGACGUCGACGACAACGGCGCAACCCCGCUCUACUUUGCCGCCCAGGAGGGGCGGAGUGCGUGUGUGCGGUGGCUGAUUGAGCGCGGUGUCAGCUCAUACGAGCAGGCACACGAUGGCAUGUGCGCCGUACAUGCUGCUGCCCAGGCGGGACAGGCCGACACGCUGCAGCUCAUUCUCUCAACCUGCCGCCCGCCAAAGGGUGGGGUGAGCGGAAUCCGGGACCGCGAUGGUGCAACGCCACUGCACUUCUCGGCGUCAAAGGGCCACGUGGCGUGCACGCGGCUGCUGGUGGAGCUCUUUGGAUGCACCGGCAACGAACAGGACGCAAUUGGAGCCACGGUCCGUGUGUGUGUGUUGAGCGGCGUGGACUAUGAGGGCCUGACGCCGCGGAAAAUCGCAAUGCAGGCCGGGCACGUCGCCUGCGCAAACUUCAUUGCACAGGCGUUGCGGCGGCGGGAGCGCGGGGAGCCGGAGCCAAACUGGUUUGCAGACGACGCAAACACUCGCGCGGCGGGGCAGCAGCAACAGCAACAGCAACGGCAGCAGGCACAGCAACAGCAACACCAGCGACAACAGAAGAAGCAGCCGAAGAAGCGUAAAGAGGAACAGCAACAGCAACAGCAACAGCCUGCCGCUGUUACGGCCUCAUCAGCUGUUGCACCGAUCGACCAUGACGGUGUUCGUGGCGGUGAUGGUGAUGGUGGAGGUCAGACGCCGCUGCCACGGAAGGGGCGGCACACGCGCACUGCGAGCGCCGAAGAGGAGGAACUCCGGGACGCGUUGGAAGACCUGCAGCAGCACAUGGCCAAGAUGGCGGCUGUUUCGCUGCAGUUGGAGACGAUGGCCGACCAGACGCGGAAGAACAACACCACCCCGACACCGGCACCGCACCAUGAACACAGACCACGUGAUGAUGAUGAUGAUGAUGAUGAUGAUGGUGGGGAGGUGCGAGCAUCGCGUGUGAAGGCACCAGCGACGUCAACAGCAGCAGCAACAGCGGCGGUGAUCACGACACCAUCAACUGUUGCGAUCAGCAAACAUGCAGCACCACCUGCUUCACACAAAGCAUCGUCAUCAUCAUCGUCAUCGUUAUCGCCGUCACAGGCAGCGCCAAAGGCGGCAGGGAAGCGUUCGCUGCACAUUCAGCCGCAACACAUGCGACCACGGGACACCAAUAGCGGCGGCAGCGGUGGUGUGGUGAACGGUGGCUCGUUGUCGUCAUCGCUGUCCAAUGCAUCGCGCUCCAACAGCAACCACGGCUACGCAAACAAAACCGCAGCGACAAUGACACCACAGCCACAGACAACGACGACAACAACGACAACAACAGCAACAAAGGGUGUGCACCGUGCCGGCAGCGCGGCAGAGGCGGACGCAUUAGAGAUGCUGUCGCCAAUGCAUGCGCACGCCGUCCCCGAUGUGAAUCCACAGCAGCUGCAGCACCGAUUGCAGCAGCAGACGCACGGCAGCGCCACACCACCCAUCGUCAGGAGCAAGCGGCUCAUGAAAGCGCAGCGAACCGCUCAGCCAGAUGCGAAGGUGCGCGCGCUGCGUGAGCGGGAGGAGCAGUUACGGCGGGAGAUUUUGGCGGCGGAGCGAGCAGCAAAGGCGGCGCGCAGGGAACAGCGGCAGUUACAGCAGCUGGAGGCAUUGCGCAAGCAGGGCAAUGUCACAGACAAGCGCACGCGGUUCAAUGGCGGUGAGGACGGCAGUGAGACGGACAACACAAGCGGUGAUGAUGCAGGCGGCUCUCAAGGGCGCUCUGGCUCACUGUCCAUAUCCAAGUCUGUGUCUCGCCGCCACCACCGCUGAAUCCUUCCUGCUACCAAUUUCGUGUACAUCAUCCAAUAAAUUUCGACGACGCG